CGCUGGCUGCUGCUAGGAUAUUCUAUCGGUAUUUCCUUGACUUCGAUCAGUAGUGCACUGGAAAUUCAAUGGGACGCGGUUGGCAUAGCGACGGGUCCGGCCCUAUUGAAUUCUUGUGAUCUUGGGCGGCGGCUUUGAACAGCAAGUCGCCGUCGGGGUCAAAGACAAACUCAAAGCAUCGGGUCGUUCAGACUUCAGACCUCACGCUGUACUUCAGUGUUCAGUCCAGUCCAGUUGCCCCUGUCCGGAUCCUGUGUUGGGAGCGUUGCGGUUGCGGCUACUGGACGCGAAACGCGAUGGGUUGCCCCCGUCCGCUCCUCCUCCUCCUCCUCCACGCGGUCGCGCUCGCCGCCGCCGACGAGUUCACCUACAACGGCUUCGGAGGCAGCGACCUGUUGCUCGACGGCAUGGCCGCGGUGGCGCCGAACGGCCUGCUGGCGCUCAGCAACGGCACCAGCCAGAUGGCCGGCCACGCGUUCCACCCGGCGCCGUUCCGCCUGCGUGACGGCGCCGCCGCCGCCGCCAGGUCCUUCUCGGCGGCCUUCGUCUUCGCCAUCGUGUCCAACUACACCGUGCUCAGCGACAACGGCAUGGCGCUGGUGGUCGCGCCGAGCACCAGGCUCUCCGCCUUCAACGCGGGGCAGUACCUGGGCGUCCUCAACGUCACCGACAACGGCAGGGACGGCAACCGCGUCUUCUUCGUCGAGCUGGACACCAUGCUCAACCCGGAGUUCCAGGACAUGAACAGCAACCACGUCGGCGUCAACGUCAACAGCAUGAGGUCGCUGCGGAACCACAGCGCCGGCUACUACGACGACGCCACGGGGGCGUUCACCAACCUCAGCCUCAUCAGCCGCCGGCCCAUGCAGGUCUGGGUCGACUACGACGGCGCCGCCGCGCGGCUGGACGUGGCCAUGGCGCCCGCCGGCGUGCCCAGGCCGCGGAAGCCGCUCAUCUCCACGCCGCUCAACCUCUCGGCGGUCGGCGCGGACGACGGCACCGCCUACGUCGGCUUCUCGGCGGCCACGGGCGUCAUCUACACGCGCCACUACGUCCUGGGCUGGAGCUUCGCCACGGGCGCCGCGGCCCCGCCGCUGGACAUCUCCAGGCUUCCCGCGCUGCCGCGGUUCGGGCCCAAGCCCCGGUCCAAGGUGCUGGAGACCGUGCUCCCGGUCGCCACCGCGGCGCUCGUCCUCGCGCUGGUCGUGGGCGCCUUCCUGUUCGUGCGGCGGCGGGUGAGGUACGCCGAGGUGCGCGAGGACUGGGAGGCGGAGUUCGGCCCCCACCGCUUCUCGUACAAGGAGCUCUACCAGGCGACCAAGGGGUUCAAGAACAAGAUGCUGCUCGGCACCGGCGGCUUCGGGAGGGUGUACAAGGGCGUGCUCUCCGGGUCCAAGCUCGAGGUCGCCGUGAAGAGGGUGUCGCACGACUCGAAGCAGGGGAUGAAGGAGUUCAUCGCGGAGGUGGUGAGCAUCGGCCACCUCCGCCACCGGAACCUGGUGCAGCUGCUGGGCUAUUGCCGGCGGAAGGGCGAGCUGCUGCUGGUGUACGACUACAUGUCCAACGGCAGCCUGGACAAGUACCUCUACGACGACAGGACCGCCAGGCCCGUCCUGGACUGGGGGCAGAGGUUCCAGAUCGUCAGGGGCGUCGCCGCCGGCCUGCUGUACCUGCACGAGGACUGGGAGAAGGUGGUGAUCCACCGGGACGUCAAGGCCAGCAAUGUGCUCCUGGACGGCGACAUGAACGGCAGGCUGGGCGACUUCGGCCUGGCGCGGCUGUACGACCACGGCGUGGACCCGCAGACGACGCACGUGGUGGGCACCAUGGGCUACCUCGCCCCGGAGCUGGUGCGCACGGGGAGGGCGACCCCGGCCACGGACGUGUUCGCCUUCGGCGUGUUCGUGCUGGAGGUGGCUUGCGGCCGCCGCCCGCUCGGGCGCGUCGCGCCCGGUGUCGACCAGACCGUGCUGCUGGACUGGGUGCAGGAGCACCAGCGCAGGGGGGCCGCCCUCGACACGCUGGACGCGCGGCUGUGCGGCAAGUACGACGCCGACGAGGCCCGGCUGGCCGUCAAGCUGGGGCUCAUGUGCGCGCACCCCUCGCCCGAGGCGCGGCCGGGCAUGCGCCAGGUCGUGCAGUACCUGGAGGGCGACGCCCCGAUGCCCGAUGUGGCGCCCUCGUACGUCAGCUACAGCAUGCUGGCGCUGAUGCAGAACGACGGGUUCGACUCCUUCGCCAACGUGUCGUUCCCGUCCACGGUCACGUCGAGCGUCAGCCCUGUCUCCGGCGGCUUCUCUUCUUCCGUGUCCGGCCUCUCCGGCGGAAGGUGAAUAAGAUUAAGAAGACGGUCGCUGUCAGUAGCUUCUUGGACGUCUUGCCUUGCUAGGUCUUUCCUGACGUACGUAGUUGUACUGUAAGUCUGUAACCCCCGCGAGUGGUAAAUUUCUCGCCGUACUGAUUUUGUACUGGUGCUGUAUGUAAACUAUUCUCCGAGUGCGACUGUGACAUGCG